AUAAUGACCGUAUGCACGGGAGCUGUCAUGAGGAAUUUGCUGUGUUUACCCCUAGACCACAGCUACCCCGUAUCAUACCGGACAGUUGGAAGUUGUUCGAGGAUUCCAAAGUGAAGAAGAUCCGAUGCUUCCUUCAGAGUACGUUCGUAUACAGAAAUACAUUACAGCUAAAUGCCGAAUGUGAAGUUUUGAGUGGGCUCCAUGGUGUCUGUUUUUUCUCAUGUAAAAUAAAUACAAAAGACACUCCCCGUCCUUUCACAUCGCUGCUUGUCUGCCGAGCGGAACGCUCGCAUUGGCCGUUUCCUGCCGGCGCCCCACUCAUCGAAGAGAAGGCAAGGAAGCGGAAUGGCCGAGAAUAGCUGCGAUAUCAGCGGACAAGACUGCAGAAGGUGUCCGGUUCUAUCUUCACCAGGAGGUAAACCCCCAACGUCUUUCAACGGAACGUCGAAAUGGGUCCGUCUGAAUGUCGGUGGCACGCACUUCCUAACGACACGACAGACCCUCUGUCGGGAUCCGAAGUCGUUUCUAUACCGACUCUGCCAGGCGGAUCCCGAUCUGGACUCCGAUAAGGAUGACUCUGGGGCAUAUCUGAUUGACAGAGAUCCUGUGUAUUUUGGGCCAGUGCUCAACUACCUGAGACAUGGAAAGUUGGUGCUGAACAGAGACCUUACAGAGGAGGGGGUCCUGGAAGAAGCUGAAUUUUAUAACAUCACAUCGUUAAUAAAACUUAUCAAAGACAAGAUCAGAGAACGAGACACCAAAACCACACAGGUGCCUGUGAAGCAUGUCUACAGGGUGCUACAAUGUCAGGAGGAGGAGCUGACACAGAUGGUCUCCACAAUGUCCGACGGCUGGAAGUUUGAACAGCUUGUCAGUAUAGGUUAUGGGCGGGCCCAGAAGUCAGAGUUUCUGCUGAUUGUGUCUCGGGAGGUGAAAUGGGAGGAGUCUGUUCACCCCGCCCAAAGUGGAGAGCUGGUAAGCAUUGGUUCCUCUUACAACUAUGGCACAGAGGACCAGGCUGAGUUCUUAUGUGUCGUCUCAAAAGAGCUACACAAUCAACCAUAUGGUCCCAACAGCCAACCCAGUGAGAAAGCUAAGAUCUUACAGGAGCGUGGCUCCAGAAUAUGAGCACAGAAGCUUGUCACAACUGAAAAAUGCAAAAACACAUAUCAGCUUCCCCGUAAACAUAUCAGCACACGACGUUAAAAAAAAAAAAAAAAAAAAAACACACACCACAGACACGAGCCGGAACAUGCCAAGGACACGCCCCAGAAACCCAGGGACGCACAAAACAUAUCAACAAGCUGACAGCAUGUCACCACCACCACCAUGACACGGAGGACAAAGUGGGAGGAAUCCAUGCUGCUGUCCAGUUUUUUUCUUCUGCUCACAUGACUGUAAACAUUUACCUGUAAAUACCAGGGAAACGGCGUAAGGGUGGGGUGAAGAGAUUUCCUCUCUGUGCCUGUUCAACUGGAUUUCUUUCUUAUCUUUUUUUUAAGGGGGUUGGUUGGGGUGGGGGGGGUAGGUCUUGCUGGGUAGAUCAGGGCCUGUGUUCAUCAAGCAUUUCAGCAUGGAAAGUAUUGAUCUGGAUUAUCUGAACCUAACGUAACCUCAUCCAAUAUCCCCUUAUCUUAGCCGUGCUAAUUGUCAGUGCUUUGGUCCCUUGAGAUGCUUUAUGAAUACCAUUCCAGGGAUCACAAGCUGGGAAUACACAUAUUUUCCAGCUUUUCUUAGAAUCAUUCCGUUCUCUCUCAUGGAUAGCAUACAACUCUGAGGAAUAUCAUAAUGGUGUGCACAGGAGCUAGUUGGCUAAGUGUGCUCGGCCUGCUGUAGUGGAAAUAAGUUUGGUCAUUUACUACUCUGUUUAAGGUUGCUCACGUGCGUUUAGCUAGAGGAAAAGUUAGCCAGACAACCAAAGAGAUUUGUAAUGCUUACUGCCUCACCAAUGAGACAAGUUCAUAGCACCAGAGCUCGGAUCACUGUUCAGCAACAGAGGCUUCAGUGGUCUGUAUUGUGACUAAAUUUGCUGCAGUACUUCUGUCAAUCAAGCUAUUGGGGCAAUGGCAGACUGAUUUACAGAAUGUCUAUUGUUUGUAAUUGUUACAUUUGAGACCAUCUUUGGUCUUCUUGCGCCCCUCAAUCUUAGCAUUGUGGCUAUAUCAAGUGCCCCCAGCAGACUGCCGUGCCCUAUAAAUAGUAUUUUGUACAUACAUUUAACAUAUUUUAAGGUCACUUUGCUGCACAGAUUACCAACAAAUGAUAUCACAUGAACUUCAACUUACAAUUAAUCUACUUAUUUACUUGUUACUUAUUUAAUAAGAAACACAUAACCAUUCAUGUGGUCUGCCUUUAAGCGUAACAUAUUGUAGUUUCUUUACUCUUGUUUUGUUUACAGAUGUAAAUACUGAUAACAAAAGGGACCAUGAUCGGCCAAUUAUUAUCUCCUAGUGACUUGUAUUGUAAGGAGAAAAAAAAGGAAAAAUUAAGUCGAGGCAUCGGUGACAGACAAAAUGCCUGAAAAAAAGUGGUUGAUGGAAACAGACGGAUGGGUGUAAAGUUCUGUAAAAUCAUGGAUGGCAUUCCAAUACUAGAGGGCUGUACUAUGAAGUGAGAUAACUGGUAAACUCUGGUAACUUUGGGAGUAACCGCUGAUCUUUAUAAGAACACAGCACUGAGCAGCUAUUGUUUCUAAAGUAACGUGUUUGGAGAUAAGCGGUCACUCCUGAAGUUACCUGGGUAAGCAAGUAACCUUGCUUUGUACAUACCCCUCAGGACUAGACAGAAUUCUGUGCUCUCAGAUUUUGUAAUGGUAAAGGGUUGUUAUAUGGCAUACUAUGUGAGACUGUAAAGAGAUUAAGCUGUGUUAAUUCUGCAUUUCUUAUUGGUUUCUGGCAAAAAAAUUGUUUUAAUUGUUUAGUAACAUUUUUUCACUUCCAUAUAGACGUUCAGUCUCUUGUUAGUGUCUCACUGACAGGAUGCAGUAAAUGCACUACACACACUUUGCACGUCACAGAAAUAUUCCACGUACAACUUUGAAGACAACAUAGCCUAUUUCCUUAGACAGCGUACCUUGCUGGGAUGACUGUUUGUACAUAACUUUUCUAUGUAUUGAAACUUACCAAACUAUCCUCCAAUGAAUUAAGCUGAAUGUCUGUUUUAUAUAUUCAGGCAAACUUGUAGCUGAACACAAACUGGACUGUUAUAUGCUAUAAAAAAUUUCCACGUUGGUAAA